CAUUUCAGAGGGAAACUAACGAAUCCAAAGAAGGAAAAACAUGGAGUGUGACUUCUCAUAACAUGUUUCUUUUUACAGAAAAAAAAAACGAAGGUUUUAUGAAGAAUCCGUUAAUGGAUCAAAAUCUGAGUUCAUACAAUUUAUCAUUUCGAUUAAAGUAAGCGGAUUGAGAAAUUCGGCUUUUCCUUCCUUCGUCUCAAAGUUAAUGCAUUCAGCUUCACCAUUAAAGAAAUUUUUCCCCUUUUUUUUUGCAUGUCAGUAACUUCGAUGUUCUUCCUGAAAGCCCACUCUCUCCACUUGAUUUUUGUCGGACUUUUAGGGAGAGAGAGAGAGUGACGUUUGGUUUUCGGGACUUUAUCAAGAGGAGAGAGAAAGAGUUGGGGUUUGCUAGUUGUUUAAGAAGAAUCUGUGGUUCUACUUCUGAGAAUUUCUUUUUGUUGUACGUUGGUUCCUUUUGUUUCGAUUUCUCGUGUGGGUGUGAUCUUAAACUGUUUGGCGCUUUAUCGAAAAAGUGGAUGUGAAAUUCUCGGUGUUUUCCGGGAAAAUCUACUUCCUAAAGCUUGAGAAUUCGCUUUUACGGCUCCUGGAGUCUGAUGGGUCAGUCUUGAAUCCGAGAAAAUCUUCUGGGUAUUGCUUGAAUUCUGCUUUCUCUGAUGCUCUGUUCGAUCGUGCUGUUUGGCUUCCGGGAAAAUUUUCUGGGCGUUGCUUGAAAUCUGCUGCUGCAACAGCUGUUAGGUUUGACGAGUUGUUGAUCUGGAUUCAAUUCCCGAAUAUACGGAGUCGUGUUGACUAGGAAUUAGGGUUUAGGGAAACAACGGAAAAGAUUGUUCCUUUGAAUUCGAGCGAUGGAGAAGUCUAAGCCGGGAUUUUCGCGGCUUUGACAUUCGGAUUAACCGCUUGUUCUUUGAAGAUAAGCAUGAAGAACUUUCUCAAGAAACUGCAUAUCACGCCCAAUCAAUCGGAAGAAGCUGAGGGGUCAACCUCAUCUAGAAGCAACAAAUCGAGUGAUGUAUCAUCACCACCACCGGAUACAUCAAGGUCCCACCAUAGCAAUAAUCUCGAACACAAAUCCUUUUCGGGUUUAUCGAAUUGGUUAAGCUCCGUUGCUCAAGGGAAAAGCCCUAGUCCACCAGCUUCUUCCAAUGCCAAGAACAAAGGAGCUAAGAUGGAACAACACAGUGGUGACCCUGUCGGAACGAGGGGUUUAAGUUCUGGGUCGGAAUCUGUGAGGCAUGACUCUGAAGAUCCCGAGGUUGAAGAAGAGUAUCAGAUACAGUUGGCUCUGGAGUUAAGUGCCAGAGAGGAUCCUGAGGCUACUCAGAUUGAGGUUGUGAAGCAAAUCAGUUUAGGUUCUUGUGCUCCCGAGAAUUCUCCUGCUGAACUUGUUGCUUAUCGUUACUGGAAUUACAACUGUCUCGGCUAUGAUGACAAGAUCUUGGAUGGAUUUUACGACUUGUAUGGAGUACUGAAUGAAUCCUCAUCAGAAAGAAUACCUUCCUUAGUUGACCUUCAGGGGACACCUGUUUCAGAUGGUGUAACAUGGGAAGCUGUUCUUGUUAACAGAAGUGGGGAUGCUAAUCUGUUGAGACUUGAACAGAAGGCUUUGGAUAUCGCUGCAAAAUCGAAGUCAGUUUCUUCUUCUGGAUUUGUGAACGGUGAUUUGGUUAGGAGGCUAGCUAUAUUAGUUGCGGAUUACAUGGGUGGGCCAGUUAUGGAUCCAGAUAGCAUGUUAAGAGCUUGGAGGAGCCUCAGCUACAGCUUGAAAGCCACAAUCGGUAGCAUGGUUUUGCCUCUUGGCUCUCUGACAAUUGGAUUGGCUCGUCAUCGUGCUUUGCUAUUCAAAGUUUUAUGUGAUACAGUCGGGGUUCCUUGCCGCAUAGUCAAAGGGCAUCAAUACACCGGUUCAGAUGAUGUGGCGAUGAACUUCAUUAAAACCGAUGAUGGCAGGGAGUACAUUGUUGACCUAAUGGCAGAUCCGGGCACACUUAUCCCUGCUGAUGCUGCUGGAUUGCAUAUAGAAUAUGACGACUUUGUCUUUUCUGCCAUGGAUCCAUCUCAUGUAGCUUCUUCCAGCAGUUGGGUUGUGAGCUCAUUUGAAGAGCAUGCAGAAUUCGGAUCAGGAGAACAUCCUUCUAGGACCAAGAAUUCAAGUCCCGGAAACCAAUCUGAUAGUGGAGGUCAGAAUAUUUCUAAGGAAGAUGCAAGAGGUCAUAAGAAUGUUGAAAAGGCUCCAGUACAAGACCUGGCCAGUAGGCCAAGUCAUUCUUUCGCCCAUGCCCGAUCACCUUCUUGGACCGAAGGUGUUAGCUCCCCUGCUGUACGAAAGAUGAAAGUCAAAGAUGUUUCGCAAUAUAUGUUUGAUGCUGCCAAAGAGAAUCCACGACUAGCUCAGAAGCUCCAUGAUGUGUUACUCGAAAGCGGCGUUGUUGCUCCACCAAAUUUAUUUUCGGAUAUCUAUUCAAAAUCAUCGGAGGCAACUGUUGAGAUCAGAUCUCCACCAACUGAAAACAUGGAUGAGAAAAAGCAAGAUCUUGGAAUGUCUCAGAUUAGUCCUGUGCGGUAUUUGCCUCCAUUACCUCAACCUAGAGCUCAAUCUAGAGCAAAUGCAACUCAUGAUCAACCUGAACACUCGAGACUCGGUCCUAGCCGGGCUGAUUCAUCACAGUCUGAAGCUUCUUCUUCUACGGAUUAUGCCAGAAAUGUUCCCGUUGCUGUAGCUGCAGCUGCAGUUGUUGCAUCUUCUAUGGUGGUUGCUGCCGCCAAGUCAGCAAGUCACGAAUCCUCCGCCAUUGAACUUCCUGCUGCAGCUGCUGCCACAGCCACUGCAGCUGCAGUUGUAGCCACGGCUGCUGCUGUGACCAAACAGCUCGAGUCUGCUGGUUCACAUAGUGAUGGGUCUGGUGGUUCGGGUGGACGUGAACGACAGGGUAGUGGGGAAUCAUUACAACAUGGGCCAAGUUUAGGAGAGGAAAGAGUAUCUGACAGAUCUUUCAGCCAUGAAAGUCCAAAAUCGGAUGUUCCGUUGGAUGAUGUGGCGGAUUGUGAGAUUUUAUGGGAAGAAAUUACUUUGGGUGAGCGUAUCGGACUUGGAUCAUAUGGAGAGGUUUAUCGGGGAGAUUGGCAUGGAACUGAAGUGGCUGUUAAGAGGUUCCUAGACCAAGAAACCAUUGGAGAAGCUCUAGAAGAAUUCAAAAGUGAGGUUCGGAUUAUGAAAAAGCUCAGGCAUCCCAAUAUUGUUCUCUUCAUGGGGGCCGUAACCCGUCCACCAAAUCUCUCAAUCGUUACGGAAUUUCUUCCCAGAGGCAGCUUGUAUAGGUUAAUCCACCGACCUCAGAAUCAGUUAGAUGAGCGGAAACGCUUGAGAAUGGCCCUUGAUGCUGCUCGUGGAAUGAAUUAUUUGCAUAGCUGUAAUCCUGUGAUCGUUCAUCGUGAUCUGAAGUCCCCGAACCUUCUCGUUGAUAAAAACUGGGUUGUCAAGGUGUGCGAUUUCGGGUUGUCUAGAAUGAAACACAGCACAUACCUUUCUUCACGUUCAACCGCAGGCACGGCUGAAUGGAUGGCUCCGGAAAUUCUUCGAAACGAACCAUCUGAUGAGAAGUGUGAUGUUUAUAGCUUCGGAGUCAUUCUGUGGGAGCUUUUCACGCUGCAGCAACCAUGGGGGAAGAUGAACCCGAUGCAAGUUGUAGGGGCGGUCGGUUUUCAGCACCGUCGGCUUGAAAUUCCCGAUUUUGUCGAGCCCGGAAUCUCGGAUCUCAUCGAAAAAUGCUGGCAGACGGAUCCUAAGAUGAGGCCGAGUUUCGCAGAGAUCAUGGCUUGUCUGAAACAGUUGCAGAAACCUGCAAAUAGUUCAAACAUACAGAGACCAGUUCCAAGCUCUGAGCAUGAACAUCAAUAGGGAUAAGCCGAAAGACGGAUAGAUCACCACCAAAGUGGGAAGACAUUUUUGGCAAGAAAGACUGAUCCACUCGACAGAUUCACUGUGUUGAAAGGGAGAAAAAAAUGUUUAGGAGAUUUUUUUUUUGCCUUGUGCAUCAUGCGGCUUAUGAUCAGAGAGACGUGUCGAAGCAUGUGAUGAUGAUGAUGAUGACGGCGGUGAUGAUGAUGAUGAUGAUGAUGAAGAAGAAGAGAGAGGGCCGUUGUGGGUGCUCUGUAAUAUAUAUUAGUAAUAAAACAAUGUCUGCGUGUGUUAUUAUUUUCGUGUUUGUUUUUCAAACGAAGAUAUAUAAAAAAAAAAAAGGAAAAAGAAAUUGCUUUAUGAUUAA